AGUUGAGGCUUCACGUGUGGUCCUGGUUUUUCAUGCCUGGCAGUCAGAUUUAACAUUUUAGACUUAGACUCGGAGCAGAGCGCACGGCCUACAGACAAGUUUCAUUGUUCUCUUAUUUCAUGCCCUGGUUAGAUCGACUUCGGGAUACUCUCAUCCACGAACUCUGCCAUGCAGCAACGUGGUUGAUCCAUGGUGUUCGAGACGGGCAUGGGCGAUUCUGGAAUUUAUAUGCCAACAAGUCUGCUGCAAUUCACCCAGAGCUCCCAGUGGUCUCGCGGUGCCACAACUAUGAGAUAAAAUACAAAUUUACUUACGAAUGCUUACAGUGCAAAAACACAAUUGGACGCCACUCCAAAUCCCUGGACACCCAGCGCUUCGUCUGCGCUCUUUGCAAGGGGCAGCUGGAGCUUUGCCAGCCCAAGCUCAAAGAUGGCACCCCAGCUAAAGCCCCACUCGCUCCAUUUGCAAAAUACGUGAAGGAGAACUACGGCUCCGUGAAGCAGGCGCAGCAGGGCCUGAGCCACGGAGCCAUCAUGAGGAAGCUCAGCGCGGACUUUGCCUCCUGCGCCUGACUGAACGGCCAGACCGGCGGUUGCAAAAGGAGGUUUUCUGACGCAGAGAUGGAAAACCAUGGUCAUAAUUCAGCCUUUUAAAUGUUACUUGUAUGUUUAAAUAUUACAAAUAUUUAAACGUAUUUGUGUUUAUUUUCUCCUAGGGCUUCGAAUCAAGCAUAUGUUAUUAAGUACUAAUAAAGUGAUCUGCUUGUAUG